AUGUAUUACCGGUUCAGUAACACGGUGAUCGGGUACCUGAACCUUCUGACGAUGCUGGCGGCCAUCCCCAUCAUCGGCGGGGGCCUCUGGAUGGCCCGCAGCAGCGCCACCUGCGAGCGGUUCCUCCAGACGCCGCUGCUGGUGGUCGGCUUCGUCGUCCUCCUCGUCUCCCUGGCCGGCUUCGUCGGCGCCUGCUUCAACAUCGCGUGGGCGCUCUGGCUCUACCUCUGCGUCAUGCUCCUCCUCAUCGGCGUCCUCCUCGGCCUCACUGUCUUCGGGUUCGCCGUGACCAGCCGCGGCGGCGGCACCCAGGUCCCCGGCCGGGUCUACCGCGAGUACCACCUCCAAGACUACCACCCAUGGCUCCGUUCCCGCGUUACCGACUCCGGGAGCUGGCUCGCCUUCCGUAGCUGCAUCGUCUCCUCCAAGGCCUGCGCCAUGGUCGCCUCCUGGACCCCUCUCGACUACAUGGAGCGCAAUCUCUCCCCCGUCCAGGUCCGCCAUCUCUCUUCUUCUUCUCCUCGUCUUCUUUGUGGGUCCUGACGGGUGCCGCCGACCGCUCCGUGGGCGGAGUUCAGUCGGGGUGCUGCAAGCCGCCGACGUCGUGCCAGUACGGGGAGGGAGCCAGCGCGGCGGCGCAAGACGGGGACUGCUACCGGUGGAGCAACGAGGCGGCGGUGCUGUGCUACGAGUGCGAUUCCUGCAGAGCCGGCGUGCUGGAGCAGGUGAGGCGGGACUGGCACAAGGUAACGGUGCUGAACGUGGUGGUGUUGGCCUUCCUGGUGGGCGUCUACUCCGUCGGCUGCUGCGCCUUCCGCAACGCCCGCCGCUCCGGCGCCGACUUCCCCCUCGGCGAGAACCGCAUGUCGAAGGUCCGCCCCCGCUGGGACUACUACUGGUGGCGCUGGUGGUACGACCGCAAGGACCAGCUCUAUUAG